UGGAUAAGAAUAUCUACAUUAUACAAGGAGAAAUCAAUACAGUGGUGGGAGCCAUAAAGCGCAGUGCAAGAUGGAGCACUCACACACACUUGGAUGAAGAACGUGAUCCCCUGUUGCACAGCUUCAGUGUCCUGAAAGAUGUUCUCAAUACCAUGACUGAUCUUUCAGCAGUUGAGGCCAUUGUCUUUCUUCGCCCCUUCCUGGAAGUUAUCCGCUCUGAAGACACGACAGGCCCUAUCACUGGAUUGGCCCUGACCUCAGUGAAUAAGUUCCUGUCGUAUGCACUGAUAGAUUCCACCCAUGAGGGCACAGCUGAGGGAAUGGAGAACAUGGCUGAUGCCAUCACGCAUGCCCGGUUUGUGGGCACAGACCCUGCAAGUGAUGAGGUGGUCCUGAUGAAGAUCUUGCAGGUCUUGCGGACUCUCCUCCUUGCUCCCGUCGGAGCUCAUCUCACUAAUGAGUCCGUGUGUGAAAUCAUGCAGUCCUGCUUUCGUAUAUGCUUUGAGAUGAGGCUUAGUGAGUUAUUGAGAAAAUCUGCAGAGCACACGCUGGUCGACAUGGUACAGCUGCUCUUCACAAGGUUAUCUCAGUUUAAAGAAGAGCCUAAAAGCUAUGUGGGAAGUAACAUAAAGAAGUUGAAGAUGAGAGCAGGAGGAAUGAGUGACUCCUCAAAAUGGAAGAAGCAGAAGCGAUCACCACGGACCUCUUAUCAUGUGACCAGAGCAUCUUCAGGACCAGAGCAGCCUGUUUCCAGCGGCCCAGGCCUGUCCAGCAGCCUCGCAGGAGGAGUCAGUUUUGUAGACGCACCUUCUCCCAUCUCAUCGGGAAGUUCAGAAAGCACGUCUUCGGCGGUCAGCCCCUCCACUGACAGUGGCAUAGAGAUUUCCUCCCAGAUGAGCUCAAAGGAGGAUCUGACAGACCUGCAAACCAUCAACCCUUUGGGAAUCAGUGCAGCAAUGCCUCUCAGUGAACCUCGAUUCAGAGAGCGGCUAGACCUCCAGAAUGAACACCACCCAGAAGAAAAGACCCCCUCUGCUUCAGUGGAGUCCAUUCCAGAAGUUCUAGAGGAGUGCACAUCGGCAGCUGAACACUCAGACUCCACUUCGGUUCAUGACAUGGACUACGUCAAUCCCCGGGGAGUGCGGUUUACACAGUGCUCUCAAAAGGAAGGAUCAGCACUAGUCCCUUAUGGACUGCCUUGCAUCCGAGAACUACUCCGUUUCCUCAUCUCCCUCACUAACCCGCAUGACCGCCACAACUCAGACGUCAUGAUCCACAUGGGGCUGCAGUUGCUUACUGUUGCUCUAGAGCUGACUUCUGUGGUCAAAUGUCCAUCCCUCCUGGGACUCGUAAAGGAGGAGUUAUGCCGCUACCUCUUUCAAUUGUUGAGUGUGGAGCGACUCAAUUUGUAUGCAGCUUCCCUUCGAGUUUGUUUCCUCCUCUUUGAGAGUAUGAGAGAACACCUGAAAUUCCAGCUAGAGAUGUACAUAAAGAAGUUGAUGGAGAUAAUCACUGUAGAUAACCCCAAAAUGCCCUAUGAGAUGAAGGAGAUGGCCCUGGAGGCCAUAGUUCAACUCUGGAGGGUCCCUGGCUUUGUCACCGAGCUCUACAUCAACUAUGACUGUGAUUACUACUGUGCAAACCUUUUUGAAGAUCUCACCAAGCUGCUCUCCAAGAAUGCCUUUCCUGUUUCUGGACAACUGUACACAACUCACCUGCUGUCCCUUGAAGCAUUGCUGACAGUGAUUGAUAGCACGGAAGCACAGUGCCAAGCCAAAGUAUUGAGCAGCAUCUACCAGCAGGAGAAGGAUGCUUUGAAACUGAAAACAGACGUUGCUUUGGGUGCUGAAGGGCGACUGACAGAAGGUCACCCCCUUGUUUUGGAAUUGUUAGAGGUGCGGUCAUCCAUGAAUGGCUGCUCAAUGGCUGACCACACGAAGCAGCAAGGUUGUCCGAAUGUGGAGGGCGGAAAUGGUGCAGUGGAGAAGACCGUGCCGAGGAAGCCUACUCGCUUUUCCUGCCUGCUGCCUCCAACAGCGGAGUUGAUAAAGAUUAAAAGUAAAAAGAAGCUCUUGAUAAGUGGCUCAGAACAAUUCAACCAGAAACCUAAAAAGGGGAUACAGUUUCUACAGGAGAAAAAACUUUUGGCUACCCCCAUGGACAUUGAUGAAGUGGCAAAAUGGCUGCGGGAGAAUCCAAGACUAGACAAGAAAAUGAUUGGGGAAUUUGUGAGUGACCGGAAGAACACAGACUUGCUCGAGAGUUUUGUGGGGACUUUCAGCUUCCAAAGCUUGCGACUGGACGAAGCCCUGAGGCUCUACCUAGAAGCCUUCCGGUUGCCAGGAGAAGCCCCUGUCAUCCAUAGGCUUUUGGAAGCCUUUACAGAACAUUGGCGAAAAUCAAAUGGGUCCCCAUUUGCAAAUAGUGAUGCUUGUUUUGCCUUGGCCUAUGCUGUUAUAAUGCUGAACACUGACCAGCACAACCAUAAUGUCCGGAAACAGAAUGUACCCAUGACUCUAGAGGAAUUCCGAAAGAACCUGAAGGGGGUCAAUGGAGGCAAAGACUUUGAGCAGGACAUGCUAGAGGACAUGUACCAUGGCAUCAAAAAUGAAGAGAUAGUGAUGCCGGAGGAGCAGACGGGCCUUGUGAAGGAGAACUACGUGUGGAGUGUGUUGCUGCAUCGUGGGGCCACAGAUGAAGGCAUCUUUCUGCACGUGCCACCCGGCAGCUAUGACCACGACCUCUUCGUCAUGACAUGGGGGCCGACUGUGGCUGCCCUGUCCUAUGUUUUCGACAAAAGCCUAGAUGAGGCAAUAAUCCAGAAGGCACUCUCUGGUUUCAGGAAAUGUGCUAUGAUUGCUGCCCAUUAUGGCCUGAGUGAUGUUUUUGACAACCUUAUAAUUUCUCUCUGCAAGUUCACAGCCCUGAGCAGUGAGUCCAUUGAGAACCUGCCCACUGUUUUUGGAAGUAACCCGAAGGCCCACCUUGCGGCAAAGACAGUGUUUCACUUGGCUCAUCGCCAUGGAAAUAUUCUGCGAGAGGGCUGGAAAAACAUCAUGGAGGCCUUGCUGCAGCUUUUCAGAGCCGAGCUCUUGCCAAAAACCAUGGUGGAGGCUGAAGAUUUUGUGGAUCCCAAUGGCAAAAUCUCUUUGCAGCGUGAGGAGACGCCUUCCAACCGUGGUGAGUCCUCAGUGUUAAGUUUUGUUAGUUGGCUGACCCUGAGUGGCACCGAACAAUCUGGCAUGAGAGGGCCAUCGACAGAAAGCCAGGAGGCAAAGCGGAUAGCCCUGGAGUGUAUCAAGCAGUGUGACCCAGAGAAGCUGAUAACUGAAAGCAAGUUUCUGCAACUGGAGUCCCUUCAGGAACUAAUGAAGGCUCUGAUCUCUGUGACUCCUGAUGAGGAAACCUACGAUGAGGAAGAUGCUGCUUUCUGCUUGGAGAUGCUUCUGAGGAUUGUUCUGGAGAACAGGGACCGGGUGGCGUUCGUGUGGCAGGCUGUGCGCGAUCACCUCUACCAUUUGUGUGUGAAUGCCGUGGAAUACUGCUUCCUCGUGGAGAGAGCCGUAGUGGGGCUUCUGCGUCUGGCCAUCCGAUUGCUCCGUAGGGAAGAGAUCAGUGCCCAGGUGUUGCUCUCCUUGCGCAUCUUGCUGAUGAUGAAGCCCAGUCUGCUGAGCAGAGUCAGCCACCAGGUGGCGUUCGGCCUCCAUGAGCUCCUCAAGACCAACGCGGCCAACAUCCACUCGGGAGACGACUGGUACACCCUCUUCACGCUCCUGGAAUGUAUUGGGUCAGGAGUGAAACCCCCCCCAGCUCUGCAGGUGACAGCAAGAACAGAGAGCGACACAGGGGCUCAGUCAGACAGUGAGAUCUACCACCCAAAUGAAUCCAGCCUAGAUCGGGGCUACACUUCUGAUUCCGAAGUUUAUGCUGAUCACAGCAAGCAAGGCAAAAUGCAUCGUUCUGUGACAGACGUAGACGUGGUGAACAGUGGCUGGCUCGUGGUCGGAAAGGAUGACCUGGACAGUCCAAAAGCCGUCCCAGAACCCCCCAAGCUGGGUAUCUCCCCCCUGGUGAAUCAGUACAGUCUGACUGUGGGGCUGGAUCUGGGCCCACAUAACACCAAGUCCCUGAUGAAGUGUGUGGAGUCCUUGUCAUUCAUUGUGCGAGAUGCUGCCCACGUCACACCGGAGAACUUUGAGCUUUGUGUCAAAACCAUCCGCAUCUUUGUGGAGGCCAGUCUAAACGGAGGAUGCAAGUCCCAGGAGAAGCGGGGGAAGAGCCAUAAGUAUGACCCCAAAACAGCCCGUUUCAAGAAGAAAGCCAAGGAGAGGCCCUUGAGGGGCUUCAGCCAGCACCAGCACCGCUCGCUCAGUGAGGAAGAGGAGGAGGAUGAAAGCAUCCCUGCCAGCUAUCACACUGUGUCUUUACAGGUUAGUCAGGACCUGCUGGACCUCAUGCACACACUGCACACCCGAGCGGCCAACAUCUACAACUCUUGGGCCGAGGAGCAGCACCACCUACAAGGGAAGAAAAUUGAAGCAGACUCUCAGACCUUGUGGGCCAGCUGCUGGUGCCCACUCCUGCAAGGGAUUGCCUGCUUGUGCUGCGAUGCCCGUAGGCAGGUGCGGAUGCAAGCCCUGACCUACCUGCAGCGGGCUCUCCUGGUGCAUGACCUGCAGGCCCUGGACGCCUUGGAGUGGGAGUCCUGCUUCAAUAAGGUGCUGUUUCCUUUGCUGGCCAAACUCCUGGAGAACAUCAGCCCGGCCGAUGUGGGUGGGAUGGAGGAGACCCGCAUGAGAGCCUCCACUCUGCUCUCCAAGGUCUUCCUGCAGCACCUGUCCCCACUGCUGUCCCUCCCCACCUUUGCAGCUUUGUGGCUGACCAUCCUGGACUUCAUGGACAAGUACAUGCAUUCCGGCUCCAGUGACUUGCUGCCAGAGGCCAUCCCGGAGUCCCUGAAGAACAUGCUGCUGGUGAUGGACACGGCCGGGAUCUUCCACAGCGCUGACUCUCGGACUGGCUACUCAGACCUCUGGGAGAUCACCUGGGAGCGCAUCGACUGCUUCCUGCCCAAGCUGCGAGAUGAGCUCUUCAAGCAGACCGUCAUCCAAGACCCAGUUUCCACGUUACCAUCAGAGAUGCACCCCCCAAAAGCCAUGGUGUCGGUUCUGCCGCAUUCCUCUGGAGGAGACCCCAGGCCAGCCACUGAGGAGGAGACUCCUGCCCUGGCAGCCACAGAUCCCGAGAGUGCUUCUCCUGCCCCUGGCUCCAGCCCCUCCGGACCUCCGCUUCUCUCUCCAGCCAGAGCGAGUCCCGUGAAGGAGCCCCCUCCUCCCGGCGUGGCCCAGCAGCCCCCUCUGAUCCUCCGGCCCCUGGCUUCCCCCUUGCAGGCGGGGGUGCCCCCCAUGGCCCUGCCCAUCAUCCUGAACCCCGCCCUCAUAGAGGCCACCUCUCCCGUGCCCCUCCUGGCCUCCCAGCGGCCCACAGACCCCGUGGCCACUUCGGAGGCCAACUGA